AUGAGCGGGCGGUGCAGCGUACGAGCGGGUGCAGCGUACGAGCGGGCGGUGCAGCGUAAGAAUGCGCGGUGCAGCGUACGAGGGAGUGGUGCAGCGUACGAGGGAGCGGUGCAGCGUAUGAAGGAGCGGUGCAGCGUACGAGCGAGCGGUGCAGUGUAUGAGCGUGCAGUCGCGAGUUCACGCUCAUUGGCCUUCCUGGAUAUUUCCAAGAUGUACCUCUGCUACGCGCUCGUGCACUCGUGCCCACUUUCCCCCUUAACCCCUCCCCACUCCUCCCCACUGCUCCCCCCAACCCCUUCCUGCUUCCAUGGCCUAGUGGAGUCAGGCCUAUUGGACUCAGUGAGUCGCGAGUUCACGCUCAACUUUGCCUUCCUCGAUUCCAUCAAGAUGUACCUCUGCUAUGCGCUCGUGCGCGCCGCCGUGUCGCCCUCGGACUGCAUCCACGGCCUCGCCUGCUCCAUCUUCGCCACGCUCAUCCAGCGAUUCCGCGAAUCCCUUAAAGCCGAGAUCGGCCUCUUCUUCCCCCUCGUCGUCCUCCGGUCACUCGACUCCCCGGAUAUCUCUCCAACCCAGCGUCUGGGGCUUCUGAGAGUGUUAGAGCGGCUCACAGCCGAACCACAGCUGCUAGCGGAUGUCUUUGUGAACUACGACUGUGAUUUGGACGCGUCGAAUCUGUUUGAGCGUAUGGUGACGUCUCUGGAGCGGCUUGCUCAGAUGCCUGUGGUGGGGAUUGCGGGUGGAGGGGCAGGGGCGGGGGGGGCGGGUGCGGGAGGGGAGGGUGGGGCGGCGCUGGUAGCGGCGGUGAAGCUGGCGGCGUUGCAGUGCUUGGUGAAUGUGGUGCAUGCUUUGGAUACGUGGUAUGGGAAGGAUAAGCCUCCGGUGCCGGUGGGUGUGGUGGGUGAGGAGAAGGAGGAGGAAGGGGACGAGUGGAAGGCGGAUGGGUUGGGAGCGGUGGAGGAGGAGGAGGAGGAUGAGGAUGAGGAGGAGAGGGAGGGGCGGGUGGCGAAGUGGGCGGCGGUAGAAUCACAGGCGGAUCAGUUUGGGCGGGCCAAGGCGCAGAAGGCAGCGUUUGAGACAGCUGUGGAAAAGUUCAACAUGAAGCCGGAAAAGGGGUUGGCGUUCCUGCGGACGAGAGGGCUGUUGGCUGCCGAUGCUGCUGCCACGGCUGAGUUCCUGCGCUCCACCCCUGGGCUCGAUAAGACGGCCAUAGGCGAUUACCUGGGCCAUCACGACGACUACCACCUGGCGGUGAUGCACGCGUACGUGGACGGCAUCCCCUUCCACAGCACCUCCUUCGACCACGCCAUCCGCCUCUUCCUCAAGGGCUUCCGCCUGCCAGGGGAGGCUCAGAAGAUCGACCGAAUCAUGGAGAAGUUUGCAGAAAAAUACUGCAAGGACAACCCGGGAGUAUUCAAGACAGCAGACAGCGCGUACGUGUUGGCCUACGCAGUGAUCAUGCUCAACACAGACGCACACAACCCCGUGGUGACCGCCAAGAUGACCAAAGCCGACUUCGUGCGCAUCAACUCGUCCCUCGAGGGCGAGGAGAGCGCGCCUAAGGAACUCCUAGAGGCCAUUUAUGACUCAAUAGUCUCCGAGGAGAUUAAACUAAGGGAUGAUGGCGGUCCGGGGGGUGCCGGAGGGGGUGGAGCGGGCGGGGCAGGCGGGAAGGAGAAAGGGCAGCUGGUAACGGUGCUGAAUCUGGCGUCGGGGCAUAAACGCAGCACGGUGGAUGUGCGGAAGGAGAGUGACGAUAUAAUCAAGCGCACACAGGCGAUUGUGAGGAGAGGGCGCGUGCAGCGCGGGGUGUUUCACUCCGCUGCCCAUGCUGACCUCGCUCGGCCCAUGCUGGAGGCGGUAGGAUGGCCUCUGGUAGCCACAUUCGCUGUGACCAUGGAGGAAGGUCCGUCGGGAGAGAGUGCUGCUGCAAUGGCUGCUCUAGCGGCAGGAGGUGCAGGGGGUGGGGGGCCGAAGAGCCUGGUGGUGGUGUGCAUGGACGGGCUCCGCUGUGCGAUUCACCUGGCGUUUCUCCUGGGCAUGGAGACUCUCCGCUACGCCCUCCUGACCUCGCUCGUCCGCUUCACCUUCCUGCACGCGCCGAGGGAACUCCGGGUGAAGAACCUGGAGGCGAUCCGGACCCUGCUGGCGAUAGCAGAGCAGGAGCCAGAGGCGCUGCAGGACACGUGGAAUGCUGUGCUGGAAUGCGUGUCCAGGCUGGAGCACGUUGCCACGUCACCUGCCAUGCUGGCGGUGCUGGGCGCGCCGCCCGCGCCGGUAGCCGUGAGGGAGGCGCUGCUGGGAGGGGUUGAGGAGCUGGCUGGAAAACCGCUGGAGCAGGUCUUUGUGGUGAGCUCUCGUCUCCCCUCAGACGCAGUGGUCGAGUUCUUCAUCGCUCUCUGUGGCGUGUCCGCAGAGGAGCUCCGCCAGUCGCCCCCGCGGGUCUUCUCGCUGCAGAAGAUCGUGGAGAUCUCCUACUACAACAUGACCCGCAUUCGCAUGGUGUGGGCGCGCAUCUGGUCAGUGCUGGCGGUGCAUUUCAUCACGGCCGGCCAGAACCCCGACGAGCACGUCGCCAUGUACGCCGUCGACUCCAUCCGCCAGCUGGCACUGAAAUAUCUGGAGCGCGCUGAGCUGGCACGCUUCACGUUCCAGAACGACAUCCUGAAGCCGUUUGUGGUGCUCAUGCGCACGAGCCGCAGCGAGAAGACGAGAGAGCUGAUUGUGCAAUGUGUUGUGCAGAUGAUAAAGGUGAAGGUGGGUGGCAUCAAGAGCGGGUGGCGCAGUGUGUUCAUGGUGCUUACCACUGCUGCUACCGACAGCCACGAGCCCAUUGUGGAGAGCGCGUUUGAAACUGUGGAGCAGGUGGUGCUCGAGCAUUUCGAGCAGGUGAUAGGCGACUGCUUCAUGGACUGCGUCAACUGCCUCAUGGCCUUCGCCAACAACGUCCUCGUCCCCCGCAUCUCUCUCAAAGCCAUUGCACUCCUCCGAAUCUGCGAGGACCGUUUAGCCGAGGGCCGGGUCCCGGGAGGCGCCCUGCGCCCCGUGAACGAGGGCGAGAAGAUGAGCGACAACGAGGUGGCGGAAUAUUACUGGUUCCCGAUGCUCGCCGGGUUGUCCGAGCUGACUUCCGACCCUCGCCCGAAGGUUCGGAGCUGCGGCGUGGAGGUUCUCUUUGAUCUGCUUCGGGAGCGGGGGCAUAAGUUCUCGACACGGUUCUGGGAGAGUGUGUUUGAAAGGGUGCUGUUCCCCAUCUUUGACUAUGUGCGGCACGCCGGCACGGAUGGGGAGAGGCCGCCCCCCACGGACCUGUGGCUGAGAGACACGUCCAUUCACUGCCUGCACCUGCUCUGUGACCUCUUCUGCGACUUCUACCAGGACGUGGCCUUUAUCCUGCCGUCCCUGCUUGGUCUCCUACUCGACUGUGCCACGCGCCCCGACCAGUCACUGGCGGCCAUAGCGGUGGGAGCUCAGCUGAGGCUCAUCGACAGGGGGGCGCCACUCUUCUCCUCUCGAGACUGGGCCGUGCUGCUGGAUAGCCUCAGAGUUGCCACGCUAACCACUCGCCCCACCGAGCUCCUCGCGAUCACCGAAGCUUCUCUUGCUGCCGCUGCCGCCGCCACCGCCACCGCUGCUGCUGCUGCGGGCGACACUGCUGCUGCCACCGCCGCCACCGCCGCAGCCACCGCUGAGCUGUCAUUAGACAAUGCUGUGCUGGAAUCCGGCGCUGCUGACCUGGCGGAUCACGCGUCAGGCUCGGCGAUCCGUACAAAGAUUCCCACUGGUGACGUGGCAACGAGCCUGAUGGGGCCGAACCUGAGUGAGAGGGUCGUGGCCGUGCCUGGAGGUGUGACUGUAGCCGAGCAAGUGACUGAAGUGGAUGUGACUGUAACGAAUGAAGGGGCGGAGGGAGGAGAGGGUAACUGGGUGGUGGAUAGGAGUGGGGCCGAUGAGGAGGCGGCGGGUGUUGGGGAGGGGAAGGGCGAGGAAGAAGGGAAGGUGGAAGGGAGUGGGGAGGGGUUGGCGAACGGGGAGGGUACUGCCAUCAAGCCUUCAGCAUCAGCCGAGGGGGACAACUUUGGCAAGCGGCUGAUGGACACGCUGCUGCUGCGAAACCUCUCCAUGGCGCUGGGGGGCGCGCCCACACCCGCUGCUGGGGGGAGCGGCAGCAUCUGGUCGCGGGCCUCCAACGCAAGUGACGCUGCCCUGGCGUCCGCUGUGGAAUCCGAGGAGCAAGGCGAUGGGGCGAAGGAAGAAGAGGAGGAGGAAGAGGAGGAUGAGGAGGCAUCGGCCUUCCCUGUGGCAGACCCUGUGCGGGUCAAGUGCUACACGCAGCUGCUGCUGCUGGGGGCGCUGAAUCAGCUACAGGAGAAGCACUGGCAGCGGCUGCGGGCGGCGCACCGGAGGCAGCUGUUGGACUGCAUCGCCACCAGCAUUGACUUUGCCGCCCGCUUCAACUCUGACACGCACCUCCGCAUGCGCAUCCAAAUGCUGCCGCCCGAACGCCCUCCCCCAUCCCUUCUGCGCCAGGAGGUGACAGCCACGCAGCUCUACCUGAUAGUUCUCCUGCGCUGCCUCAACGACCCGGCAGCAGCGCUGCUCCCACCAGCCCUGUCCUCCCAGAUGCUGCUGCAGUCAGGGGCGGCUCACGGGGAUGGCGCAGGGGAGGGGGAGGAGCAUGUCCAUGGGAAGACAACCCCUGGAGCAGCAGCGGCAGAAGGGGGGAGAGCAGCAGCAGGAGCAGGGGUGGGAGCAAACGGGGGAGCUGCGGCUAAGGGGGGAGCAGCAGGGGGUGGGGGAGAGGGGGAGGGGGGUGAGGAGGAGGAGGAGGAAAGGAGGCGGUUGGGAGAGGAGGCAGAGGAGCAGUUGCUGCGGGUGUGUGGGAGGGUGCUGGAGAUGUCGUCUCGCCUGCAGCCCAACACGGGGCAGGCUGUCGAGGCUGAGGUGCACCGCCUGCUUGCCCUCCGUGCGCCUGUUGUUGCCAGAGUACUGUCAGCGCUGAGUCAGAUGGACGUGGCACGCUUUGAGCGCUUUGUGCCGCACCUCUACCCACACUGCACGCGCCUCAUCUGCUCCGACCAGGUACCACCACCCUCGGUAGGCGUUUUCCCAGGUACCACCUCCCUCGGUAGUUAUCGAAAUCCUUGCAUUUCGCAUCUCGCUCCCCGCUUGCACCCCUCCCCGCGCACUCCUCCCGCUUGCACCUUCCUCACUCUUCCCUCUCACCCUCCUGCACUCUUCCCUCUCACCCUCCUGCACUCUUCCCUCUCACCCUCCUGCACUCUUCCCUCUCACCCUCCUGCACUCUUCCCUCUCACCCUCCUGCACUCUUCCCUCUCACCCUCCUGCACUCUUCCCUCUCACCCUCCUGCACUCUUCCCUCUCACCCUCCUGCACUCUUCCCUCUCACCCCUCCUUGCCUCUUCUCCUGUCCAUCUCACCAAUAAGGUGGAGGUGGAGGUGAGGAAGGCUCUUGGAGACCUCUUCAAGGCCCGCCUCACUCCUCUUAUUCCAGGCUCCGAUGCACCUUCACCUCCCAUGACGGCUUCCACGUAA